CAAGACACUUCGGUUUACACACCUAAUGUCCAGUAUAUAUUCAAUUGUUUAUUGAGUAAAUUUGUUAAAGAAACAAAAUUUGGCCAUCAUUUCAACAGUGAUCAUUUCAAUAGGGUUACAGUUUGAAAUGUUCACAGUACGAUUAUCUAAAAAUAUCACGCUUUCACGGUGUUGCUUCAUCAUUCAACCGUGAAAACCACACAAUCCGGAGGUAAAAAUGAAAGGAAAGAUUUACUACGAACCAAAACCAAACUGAAAAAAGAUCAAAUUCCCAAAGAAUUGUUCUUUCUUAGAGAGCGACUUUUCCAUCAAAUUUUAUACACUGUCGGUAUUUAGCACGUUGCUUAGCCAAAAUAAAUAGGUGUUUUGUUUUGUUUUUGAUCAGCAGUGCCAUGUUCUUCUGAGCAUCUGAUUGUUAGGAUCACGUUCAGAGUGCCAACGGAUUACACAAACAAAGGGAUUAAAGUGCAGUCACGUCCCCUGCGUGGGGAAAACAGGUUGGACACAAAAGAGAUGAGAACCUGUGGGGUAAGGUACUUAAUUGGGUGACAAAAAUAGAAAGUAAUAGAUGGAAAUGAAAUUAAAAUCUGUAUUUAGCAAUAGUCAUUAAUGAGGUAAGUGUUGUACCGGGGGAAAAACAUGAAUUUUAUUUGUGGCAUCAGGAACACAUGCCAUGUGUUGACAUAUAAAACAAUUGAAGGUGCGAUGAACGUGAAUAUGAAUGAUUCGUGUGGUGGGGGGAAACGUGUGAAACAUAUCAAGUCUACAAACCACGUGUGUGACAUUUACUAGUCUCUGGUGUGGGCGCGACGGCAUACGAGCUCGCUCCUGUCAAUCAGAGAAACAUUAGCCAAUCAUGGGCCUGUGUGAGCUCAUGUGUGUGGAAGAGGGCAGUUAGGACUUUCCUCCAAGUGACUGUGACUACUGAACACAAUGACUUGCAGUUCGAAAAAGAUGUGUUUGCCUUCACUCUUCCUGGAUGGUUCCUGUCGUGUGAUAGGGGGGAGUUAGCUAGUGGGUGGGAAUCGGGGAGAAAAUGGUGGGAACCGUAUGAUUACUCACGUGACGUUCGUGUGACUUUUCUGAAAGGGUGUGCAUGUCUGUGUCAUCAAGUUGUAAGAAAGCAAUCAGUCUUAAAACCCAAGCUCAGAUAAAAGCUUUUCUGGCUCAAGAACUCGCACACGUCCAUACCCAUCAUUUUAUCCUCCAUUUCAAAAUGGCUGUUAGUGAUGACAAAGAUUAGGCCGGUGAAACAGUACAAUAAUGUACAUGAUGUAUGACACACAUCCAGCCCAAGUCACACUACUUGCUUACCAUUGUUUAAAAUGACCUUGUCAGGAGGAUCACACUUUGUCUUCAGGAGUCUUUAAAAUAGCCCUUAAAUGUGGUUUUAAGACACUUUUGCGACAUGUCACGCGACAUCAUCAAAACGCACAUUCAGCCAAAGCCCUUUUCAGUUCAUGUGCGUCGAACAUUAGUACAGGUAAAAGGUCUCAUUUACCAACAAACACCACUGUGAAACCACCCCUACAAAUAACACAAGCUGCAUCGCAAAUGUUGAAAAAAAGCCGCAGCAAAAUCAAGCAUUUUCAGCUGCAACAAUCACACACAAAAAAAAACCUCCUGUACAGACUGACUAAUGUCAGUAUAAAUGUCAGAGCCACUGACCACAACGUACUCCCAUACCAGUAUAUGGUCACACCUCUAAUUUAGACAUGUACAGGUCUACACAAAAAAAAAAAGCGGUGUACCAUUCUGUAACGAUUACAAUGUACGUCGAACUAUUAACUAUUAAUGUUAUUUUAAAUGUUAUUCCCUUUGGCCUAAUUGCCUUGGUCGGUUAAAAUAAUAGGACUUUAAAAUGGAUCUUGUGAGUUUUGUGCCUUAGAGUUGACAGACUAGUUUUCUGAACAAAGAGAGGUAUUUGAAGUGUGUUACAUGCCAAUUACCUCAGUGGCUUAAGAGAGUAGAACCCGUGAUGGUCAUGAGAGCGGGUUAAGAAAACUAAUGUGUGUGUGAAAGAGAGAAAUAGAGAGAGAGAGACAGAGAGAGAGAGAGAGGGAGAAAGGGAGGAACUGGACUGCAUUCACUGCUUCUUUCUCUGCCUAAGUGUGUGCCUGUAAUCAAAUUAUCCAAUUCAGGAGCCAUGCCUCGUGGGGACUUCUCUGUUCAUUUUGCAAGCAGAGGACGGGGGAACUUCAUCAGAGCAGAGGAGGCUGCUGGCAUUGCUUUCCUGGCUAUUGUCCUUACGGCUCUGUUCAUUCUGGGCUGCUGGUACUACCGCAAACGCAAUGGGUAUAGAAUGAUCCAGAACUCCCGAGGCCCGAGUCUAUCCUGGAGGGAACUUGUGAGAUCGGGACAGUACGGUGAACUAGGGGCAGCCGGCAAUAACAAAAUGGCCCUUAAUGAAUUUAGCAACGCCCAAUCUGUGUUCCCCAAUGCCCCACCAGCCUAUGAGAAGAUCACCACUGGACCAUCCCCACCACCUUACUCACCCUAAAGAAGAAUAAUUCAAUC